AUGAAGUUCACCGGAACCGCUGCUUUUGCCCUCACCGUGGCUGUCGCCAUGGCUGCUAAGCUGUCUGACUCUUCUGCUCUUGACCACGCCAAGUCCCAGUGCACCACCGGUGAUAUCUCUUGCUGCAACUCCGCUGAGGAGACUAAGGCCGAUGGUAUUCUGGGUAACCUGUUGGCUGGAGGCCUUCUGAACGGUCUUUUGGGUAACUCCAACUCUGCUUGUGCCAAGACCAGCCUCAUCGAUGAGCUGAACAUCCUUGCUUCCGUCAAGAACUCUGACUCUGGACCCGUCUGCAAGAACAUCAUCGCUUGCUGCCCCGAAGGAACCAAGGAGUGCAUUGCCAUUGACAACUCUGGCAAGAAGGAGUAA